AUGCAGCCUCUCAACAGCCUGUUGAUCCACUCCAAGAAGACACUAGUGAUGACCGAGGAGGCCGUCAGGUCCUUCAAUGACGUCAAGGCCGCACUUGCCAGCGCAACAUUGCUUGCCUAUCCUCGCUCAGAUGCUCAGCUAACUCUCAUGACAGAUGCUUCCAGCACUGCCGUUGGUGCGUCACUUCAGCAAACUGAUAGUGGUGUUCUACAGCCUCUGGCUUUCUUCUCGAAGAAGCUCAACCUAGCAGAGACUCGCUACAGUGUCUUCGGUCGAGAACUCCUCGCUGUCUAUCUAUCCAUCCGGCACUUCCGCCAUUUCCUCGAUGGUCGUGAACUUGCUGUUCUAACAGAUCACAAGCCACUCGUUUUUGCACUCAGGGCCUCUCCCGAUCGAUACUCGCCCCGUGAAAUUCGUCAUCUAGACUUAAUCUCACAGUUUUCCUGCGGCAUCCAACAUGUCCACGGUAAGGAAAGUGUGGUUGCUGAUGCUCUUUCAAGAAUCGAGAUGGCUUCCGUCAUAGCAGACGCCAUAGACUUCACGCUGAUGGCUGAGGCUCAACGAUCGGAUGGCGAACUCCCCCAAUACCGCCACGAGGACUCUUCUUUACGCCUCCAAGAUGUCCCCCUUCCCACUGGCACUGGCACCAUAACGUGCGACCUUUCUACCGAACACGAACGUCGUUUCGUUCCAGCAACUUUACGACGACGAGUGUUCAACGCUCUUCACAAUCUACCCCACCCUGGAGUCCGGGCGACAGUGAAACUCAUCACUGACCGAUUCGUCUGGCCCAACAUCAACCGGGAUGUACGGCGUUGGACCCGAUCCUGUCUUUUGUGUCAGCGGCCUGACACCGAUUGUCGCGGCCAUCGACCGACAAAACGGAGCCGGAGAAAAAGGGGGACUGGAGCGGCUGGUACAUAUUCACUUGGUCUGAACGAGCUACUUCGCCCUGCUUCUUGCAAUAGUCUCCUGUGA